AUGGAACGCUCGGGGGAUAGCGGGAAGACCCCCUCGAGUGCCGGAAGCGUACGUUUGGGCCCAAAAGGGGCCUUCAACGUCGCCCUCAAACCCAGCGACACCAGAGAGCUCAAGGCGACUGGAGGAGCGGAGAAAGCCUGUUUCGUUCUGCUCGAGAAUGAGUUGCCGAACUAUCCGAUCCGAGCUGGAGAUGUAGUCCUUGAGGUCGAGCAGGAAAACGUAGCGGGCUACACGAGUUCUGACGUCCAGACGCUUUUCGACUACUGUGUUAACCUCAACCGACCGAUUGGACUCACGCUCAUACAUUCGGAUGAGCUGAAUCCGGAUCUUGGAACGUACCUGAAUUCCCAGUUUACGAAAGGAUCUCCCGAAGAAAAUCUCCAGAAUACGAUCCGCGAUAAUCUCUACAUUCGAACCGUUCCCUGUACGACAAGAGCACCGCGAGCGGGUGAAGUCGACGGAGUUGAUUACCAUUUCCUUUCCAAAGAGGACUUCGCUCGUCUUGAGCUCGACGGCGAACUACUCGAGAGCGGCGUCUUCGAAGGGAACUUCUACGGCACGCCACUGCCCAACAUAACGAUCCACGGAAAGAAAAGUGCCAUCAAAGCACCGCUUCUCGUGCCCGGAGCGCAUCCGAGCAGCGAAGGUAAACGACGACGGAAUCGCUCGAACGUUGAGGCAUUCCUCAACCAGAAUAAGUGGCCAAUGGCACCGUCGCGAGUGGAGGUCAUCUCGAGCUGCGAUGAGAACCUCAACACGAUAAACAAUAACAAUGAGGGAGAGCACUAUAAAGACAUCAAGCAGCAACAACACCACCAUCACCAACAGCAGCAACAACAACAACAGCAGCAACAACAACAUCAACAACAACAACAGCAGCAUCAACAGCAGCAGCAAGAAAUCUAUGGUGAUUUCGAUAGUACAACAAUAGUCGACGAUGAAUUAGGGCCCUUGCCCCCUCAAUGGGAGAAGGCCUACACCGAGCACGGGGAGCCGUACUUCAUCAAUUUGGCGACAAACACUUCCCAAUGGGACGAUCCUCGGUUGUGUGGGGGCCUCAUCGAGUCCGUCGACGGUCGAGAUGUUCCGCAGGUCGGAUCCCCGCUCGAGCAAAUGGAGCAGCUUCCGUACGGCUGGGAGCGAAUCGAUGAUCCGCAAUACGGCACAUAUUACAUUGACCACAUCAAUAAACGAACGCAGUACGAAAGCCCCCUCGUCAAUCAGCCUGAUGGAACUCAAAUUAUAUCGGGCAAUACGGUACUUAAUACAUCGGGCAGCACACUUUCGAUUGCGAUGUCCUCGGCUCGUGAGGAAGAAGCUCAUGGUGAGAAUGGAGAAAGAACAUUUGUGCAAUCCUCCCCCUCCACCUCGCUUAUGCAUGGCACCUUAGUAACUAGUAACGAACAGCUGCAUCAGCAACAAUUCGUUUCGAAUCAUCACUCGCGCUCGAAGAGCGACAUGUCCGCUCAGUACGCCGUCGUGCGCAAGGGAGGCCACGACAACCAAUGGAGCGAGUCCAGUACGCUCUCGAGGAAACACGACGAUGGUGCAUCGAUGAUAGAUCCUCUUUACGCGACCAUCGGUCCAAAGAAGCGACCCGAGGACAUCUAUACGUCGAUGAAUGCCGCAUCGGGCAACUCCUUGAUGACCACACACAACUAUGCGAACGUUUACGAGCCCCAAUACCGAAUGAGCGAGGGGCACAGACACCGGGAGAACGGGAUGGUAUCGCUCGGUGCUCAUCCCGAGGCCCCGGAAGAUGAUCUGGAGAAGAUCAACGAAAGUCAGGCUACCGAAAACGAUUCCGUCUUCACCAGCGGCGGAAAUCAGGAGCUCGAUUUCAGCGAUCACGAACUCAACGAGACGAACAACAACGAGAAAGCGAAGCAAUGCGUUUCGAAAGUGUCUAUGAGCAAGGAGGAUUUCCACAAGACCAACUCGGAGAAGAAAGGUGCUAAUGAAACCGACGCCCAAAUGAACAAUAGUCGAGACGGUAUUCUGGCUCUGAUGCCGUGUCUCGCGUCUUGCGUCCAGGACAAGACCUACGCAUCGCUCAGUGAUUUCCGAAAACCGCCGCAGCUGAACCUAGACAACAACGGCAUCGGUUGCACGAACAUGAAAAACAAUGAAGUCAACAAACUCGCAGACUCGUCGAUGAUCCUUUCAAACAGCAAGAACAGCUCGAGUAUUCAAUCAAAUGGGAACAAUCUGGAUGGGGGAAACCACACUAAAGAAACUAGCGUGGUGGAGGCGGACGAAAUUCUGCUCAACAGUGCUCAUCCCGCUGCUCACAACGGAAACUCCGCCUACCGAACCCCAAUUCUAACGUCAUUCGUUGAUUGCGCGUCUCUUUCAGAUGGGGAACCCACGAGAAAAAUUCCACCCCCGACCCUUCCUAAACCAACAAUGCUUUCUCAAGUCAACCAUCAGCAGGCCCUGCUGCCACCUCAGUAUCAACUCCCGUAUGUUUUCACGAGGAAUCCGGCGGAGCUCGUCGGCGAAAUCGUUCACGUGAGCUUGGUGAAAAGUCCGCGCGGAUUCGGUUUCACCAUAAUCGGUGGCAACGAUCAUCAGGCAGAAGAGUUCUUGCAAAUCAAGAGCAUCACUCCCGGAGGGCCGGCGUGGAGCGACGGCAAACUUCAAACCGGGGAUGUGUUAGUUCACGUGAACGGAAUUUGCGUAUUGGGUUACACACACAGCGAUGUCGUGUCGCUCUUCCAGUCGAUAGUCCCCGGGGAGAUGGUGCAUCUUCAGAUUUGCAGAGGUUACAAACUGCCCUUCGACCCCGAUGAUCCGAACAUGGAAAUUGUCACCACCCAAGCCGUCACGGCGAACACUUCGAUGGACCAAGGAGAAAGUUCUAAAAAUCUCAACUUUUUUCCAGAUAACGAAAGUCUCAUCAAUCGAUCGGUGGUUGGCGCGUCUCAGGAGUACCAGAACAUCUACGGAACCGUCAUGCGGAAAAUGCAAAACAUUGAUCUCAGCAAAGGUUCUCUCGGCGGUUCGGCGACGCUCGCACAGAGGUCUUCGGUCCUGAGCAGCUCGAACGUCGAGCAGCACAACAGUCUUCACGAAGACAGCGCUCUCGACUUCGAACCGCCCAAGUACUUGACGGUCGAGAUCGUCAAGGGAGCGUCGGGUUUCGGUUUCACGAUCGCAGAUUCGGCUAACGGUCAGAAGGUGAAGAAGAUCCUCGACGAAGAACGGUGUCAGAAUUUGGCCGAAGGCGACAUACUGGUCGAAAUCAACGGACGCGACGUGCGUGCUCGUCUCCAUUCAGAAGUUGUGCAGGUGUUGAAAGAGUGCCAGAUAGGCUCUACCGCUAGAGUCACAGUGCAGCGAGGAGGUUUCACAACAUCAAAGAGUCAAGCCACCGGUGCGCGGACUCCAGUGAACGGAUUGGACGAGGCCGGUUCCGAAAAAGGGAGUCACGCUUCGACGUCCUUCUCACAAUUCAACUUCAACCCCAACCCGAGCGCGAUGCAAUACCGUUCGAAAACACCGACCGCCGACCUGUACGGUUCCGCGAAAGAGGUUGUGAUCCAGAGGCCGAAAACGCCAGUCGUCGACACGAGAAAUUGGGAGUGUCCUGAAAAGCCACCAAGGACAGGUCCGCAAAUGAUGCCGAACAGUAAGUUCCGACCUUCCCAUGCGGGAAAUCAGACCGUCACCGAUUCAAACGUCAGCAACAGCAUCUACGGAACGACCAUGGUUCCCGCCGGACCGUACAAUCAGCGCUACGACGAUGACCUGUACGGACACGUACGAGCGAAAUCCGAAGUUUGGCAUUACGAUUACCCGACUCCGGCAGGUCAACGCAACCUUUCGAGAAAUGCGCAUUCAGCCGUCGCAUCGUCCCACGGAGAUUACGCGAACUACUACGCCUUGUACGGCAACAACGACAGAGUUACGCCCCAACCGUCGUACGACCACGGCCAGCAGUCAAUAUACGGGACAACAGGAUACCCUGAGAGUAUCGUCCCUUCAGUUCAGGGAUACAUUCCAGAGGCUUACGGUGCGGAGUUCCAAGUGACCUUAAGUAGACAGGAAAGUGGUUUUGGUUUUCGCAUUGUCGGGGGUACAGAAGAAGGUUCCCAAGUGGCCAUAGGUCACAUCGUACCUGGGGGAGCAGCUGACCUCGACGGUCAAAUACUUACAAGCGACGAGAUUCUGAGCGUCGACGGACACUCGGUCGCCAACGCAUCGCAUCACCAUGUCGUUCAGCUCAUGGGGGCCGCCGCUCUAUCGGGCGAAGUCACUCUAGGCUUACGCAGACGCUUCACGAAUUUGCACAAUACAUCGGGUCACAGCAGCGAGGUCGUCCCCGGAUAUACGUACAACGUAACGGUCGAGCGACACGAAACCGAAGGUUUCGGAUUCGUGAUCAUUUCCUCUGUCGGGAAAUGCGGCUCCACGAUCGGUCGCAUCAUAGAGGGCAGUCCUGCGGAACGUUGCGGGAAACUCCAGAUCGGCGACCGUAUCCACGCAGUGAACGGGAUCUCGAUACUGGACAUGCAUCAUGAGGACAUUGUCAACUUGAUCAAAGUGUCAGGAUUGACCGUAACGCUCACGAUUGCGCCUCGGGCCGGAGCUAUAUCUGCCAUUCAGGACGAUCUCUCAAGCAUCGGCACAAACAGAGCUCUCGGUCCAGAAGAUUUCAACGAACGCCCCGGGAGCCAGAUGCUGGCGGCCAGCUCUCUGGUCGAGGGUCAGAUGAUGCCGCCCGCAUCACCGGGAGGACCGGCCGAGUUCCGUCGAGUCGUCCUUCAGAGAGGUGUUCGAGGCUUCGGCUUCUCGAUCAGAGGGGGACGCGAGUUCCGCAAUAUGCCGCUCUUUGUGCUCCGGAUCGCGGAGAUGGGACCCGCGCAGAUGAGCGGCCAGCUGCACGUUGGGGACCAGAUUUUGGAAGUGAACGGAAUCUGUACCGACAACAUGACGCAUGCGGAGGCGAUCAACUUGAUUCGACAAGGCGGAAACACUGUGACUCUAUUAAUAAAACGGACAAAUCAGCCAUCUCAUCAGCCUCUAUCCGUGCUGGUUCAAUGCUUCCCAAUACCUUCCUUUUUCAUCGAGGAUCGGAGGCAGGUGAAAUUUUUUUUCGCUCCAAGCGUAAUCAUCGAUUUUCCGAUUCCAGUCGAGAGCCCACCGUCGCUGCUGUCACAACAUUCUCUUGGAGGACCCAUAAGUCAGAGUUCGCCGAGAUCACCCUCUGCCAUGAUGCUUCACUCGCCCCAUCAGCAGCAACCUAUUUAUGGAUCGCAUGGCAGCCAGUGGAUUGGAUGA